CAUGCGUACAAAUAAUAGGUGAACUUAAGUUGUCAAUGACAUAAAAACUUAACUUGUUUAGUGUCUUCCUUUUCCGUGUCAUCCUUCUCCCCCCUAUUCAAUCGUCACAUUUCACCCAAUCUUUCCCUCCCAAGACUAGGACGUGAAAGAGAGGGUGCACAGAAUAACCCACAUAGCUAUUGUGGUUGAGUAGAAGAAAGACUUCAAUCUAAUUUCACUCACAAAUCUUAUGCUGAAAAACUAAGUGCAGGUUAAAUAAGGUUGUCGGGUCAGCCCACUCUAAUAAGCACCUGGAGUGGCUCAACUAAACAUCUCAACCUUUUUGAAGAUUUUGGAGGUUCUAUCUCAGUCCAUUCUUCGUUAGAUCAAUAAUAAAGCAAUCAAAUGAAGGUAACAUCUCUCCUUCCGGCAUACUACCCAAACGGAACAUCUCAACCUUCUAAGCUUUUAAAGGACCAUAAAUAGGAACCAAACUUGUCUUGGGAAAUCCGACCUGCAAUGGCUGCAAAGUUCUGGGUAUUGGCCCUGGCUUGCCUCUGCUGGCCUCUGGCCCUCAGCAAUGCCCAAGCACCAGAAGCUACACCCUCAAAAUUACCAACUACAACAUCAGCAGCACCUUCUAACUUGCCUACCAGAGUUCCUGCUGCAAGGCCAGCCUCUUCUGCUGCGCCAGUGGCAGCCACGAAACCCCCUGUUGUUGCAGCAACCCCAUCAACUUCUCAGAAACCACCAGCAGCAACCCAGCCACCUACAACCUCCAAAGUUCCAGCUGCGAGGCCGGCCUCUUCUGCUGCACCAGUAGCAGCCGCAAAAACCCCUGUUGUGGCAGCAACCCAGCCACCUGCAACCUCCAAAGUGCCAGCCGCGAGGCCUGCCUCUUCUGCUGCACCAUUAGCAGCUGCAAAAGCUCCAGCUGUGGCAGCUACACCAUCUAUUUCUAGUAAACCACCGCCAGCAACUCAGCCACCUGCAACCUCCAAAGUGCCAGCUGCAAGGCCUGCCUCCUCUGCUGCACCUUUAGUGGCUGCAAAACCUCCUGUUGUGGCUGCUACACCUACCACUUCUGCUGCACCAUUGGCGGCUGCAAAAGCCCCUGUUGCAGCUGCAAGGCCUUCCCUGGCUGCUGCGCCACUAGCGGCUGCAAAACCCCCACCUGUGGCAGCAACCCCUUCUACUUUGAGCAAACCACCAGCAGCACCUCCCACUUCCGCCCCUGUAAAACCCCAGGCACCCAAGGUUGCACCAGCUAUUGCCCCAGAAGCCCCACCUCCUAAAAUUCCACCACCACAACCCCCAAAGAGUCCGCCUGUAGCAACUCCCAUAUUGCCACCACCAUUACCACCACCAUUAACACCACCACCAGUUGCUUCACCACCACCACUACCACCUCCAGUAAUAUCCCCAACACCAGACCAGGCACCACCAGCCCCAGCACCAGCAAAAAAGCCAGCACUAGCACCUGCACCCAAAAAGAAAGCACCGAUACCAUCACCUGUUCCAUCACCACUGAUGCCCACACCAACACCAGCCCCAGCACCACUGACAGAGACACCAGCCCCGGCACCUGAUGAAGACACUCCAGAACCACCUCCCCACAAGCACAGGAAAAGAAAGAAGACUCACAAACACAAGCACAAGAAACAUCAAUCACUCAGUCCAGCACUAGCGCCAACAACCAUCCGGAGUCCCCCAGCACCACCAGCAAAUAAAACAAGUACAACAACGACUGUGGAUUCAGAAGAAGACACAGAUGCACCAGCUCCAAGUCCAGAUUUAAGUGGUGCACCAUCAUACUACCACCAGGUGGGCAAUUCAGGAGUAUGGGCAACGGCAGGACUUGCUACUGCCAUUUUGCUUGCCAUUACUGGCUUCAUCUGCUAACGGAUUCACCCAAAAGUGCCAUUUGGCUUGCAAAAUAUGAAGCGAAGAAACAAAUAGUGAAAUCCCACUACUAAAGGACAUGAUGGUGUUAUUUCAUUCUUUUUCCUUUUAUUUUUAAAUGUGUGUAUUUUUUUAUUGGCAAUACUUUUCAAAAUACUUGCUUGGAUAUAAUAAUGAAUAUAAACUUUCAAAUUAUCUAAAUAACUUGGAUAAGUUAUGAAGAAUAUUACAAUGUCUGUAAUUAUCCCAUCAAACUUGAUCAAUUUCUGAGUCCGUGUUGGUUUUCCCCCGAAA